AUGGAUCGCGAUAUACGGCUGAGGGCGUUUAUCGAGGAAUAUGAUCGAGUGAUCAGUAUGCUCGAUGAUAUCGCGAUGAUGAAGCAAACUCUCACAAGGAUCGAAUUCCUGAUCGCUAUUCUAGUGGCGCAAAUUGGCAUUCUACUUUUGGUAAGACUUUUGUUGAAAAAAUUUUGCUGA